GCGCGGUCCCGGCCGCCCGCCCCGCCUCCCUCGCCCUUCAUGCAUAUGCAGAUCGCGGCAUAAUCGGCGGCCAAUGGCGUGCGCGUUCUGAUCACAUGCCGCCCUUCCCCGCUGGCCCGGGGAGGCAGCGGCAGAGCAGCUCAGGGAAGAGAAGUUGAGAGUCUCUCAGUGAACAGAGGCGGCUCGAGCGGGAGAGUCGCACACGCGCGGAGCAGCGGCGCUGGCUGGCCGGCCGGCCAAGGGAGAGGCAGCGGCGGCGGCACGGGGACGAGGAACGAAAGCGAAGCCUGGGGGUGGCGGCCGGCUCGCUGGCUGGGCGGGCAUCGGGAAUCGCUGCGGGAGAGAAGGACGGGAGGAGGCUAGGCUAGGGAGGCUGCCCGCCCGCCUGCCCCUCCGCUGCCGCCGCCGCCGCCGCCUUCGCUCUCUGCCGCAGGGCUCGCCCGUACCAUGCCGAUCCUCCUUUUCCUCAUAGACACGUCCGCCUCCAUGAACCAGCGGGCGUAUCUGGGCACCAGCUACCUGGAUAUCGCCAAGGGCGCCGUCGAGCUCUUCAUGAAGCUGCGGGCCCGCGACCCGGCCAGCCGCGGCGACAGGUACAUGCUGGUCACCUUCGACGAGGCGCCUUAUUGCAUCAAGGCUGGAUGGAAGGAAAACCAUGCCACUUUUAUGAAUGAACUGAAGAAUCUGCAGGCAUCAGGAUUGACCACCCUUGGACAGGCUCUUAGAUCAUCAUUUGAUUUGCUAAACCUCAACAGAUUAGUGUCUGGAAUAGACAACUAUGGACAGGGAAGGAACCCUUUCUUUUUGGAGCCAUCAAUUUUAAUUACUAUCACAGAUGGAAACAAAUUGACAAAUACUGCUGGUGUGCAAGAAGAGCUUCAUCUUCCUUUGAAUUCUCCCCUGCCUGGAAGUGAGUUAACCAAAGAACCAUUUCGCUGGGAUCAGAGGCUGUUUGCUCUUGUGCUGCGCUUGCCUGGAGCCUCUUCGGUGGAACCGGAACAACUAGGGAGUGUCCCCACAGAUGAGUCUGCCAUUACCCAGAUGUGUGAAGUCACAGGAGGACGCUCAUAUUGUGUUCGGACCCAGAGAAUGUUGAACCAGUGUUUAGAAUCUCUAGCUCAGAAAGUUCAGAGUGGGGUUGUCAUUAACUUUGAAAAAUCAGGACCAGACCCACCCUAUGUUGGAGAAGAUGGAGUUGUUGAUGCCACAAGGCCCAUUAAUUCUUUUGGUUCUCAGCCAUGGCACAGCUGUCAUAAACUUAUCUAUGUGAGGCCUAAUCCUAAAACAGGAGUUCCUGUUGGGCAUUGGCCAAUUCCAGAAUCCUUUUGGCCUGAUCAAAAUUCACCAACACUGCCUCCCCGCACAGCCCAUCCGGUAGUGAGGUUCUCCUGCAUGGAUUGCGAGCCCAUGGUCAUCGAUAAGCUUCCAUUUGACAAGUAUGAGCUUGAACCAUCGCCCUUAACGCAAUACAUCUUGGAACGGAAGUCGCCUCAUGCGUGCUGGCAGGUAUUUGUGAGCAGCAGUGGAAAGUACAGUGAACUUGGCCAUCCGUUUGGGUACUUAAAGGCCAGCACCACUCUAACCUGUGUCAAUCUCUUUGUGAUGCCUUACAACUACCCUGUUCUACUUCCUCUGCUAGAUGACUUUUUUAAGGUUCACAAACUUAAGCCAAAUCUGAAGUGGCGGCAAUCUUUGGACAACUACUUAAAAACCAUGCCUCCCUACUACUCAAUGCCAUUAAAGAAAGCCCUAAGGAUGAUGGGAGCUCCAAAUCUGAUAUCAGAUAAUUUAGAUUGUGGACUUAGUUACAGUGUUAUCUCUUACCUUAAAAAACUCAGCCAACAGACGAAAAUAGAGUCGGAGCGGAUAAUAGGUUCAGUGGGUAAGAAAGCACCACAAGAGACGGGUAUUAAAGUGAAAAACCACUCCAGCGGCCUCUCCCUGAUCCAGAGCAGAGACUUCAAACAGCUGCUUCAAGGAAUCUCGGGUGAAUCUCCGCUAAGGCUGCCCGAAAUAAAUGUGAAGGAAUUUGCUGGCUUCCACAUAGGACUCUUGAACAAGGAUCUGAAGCCACAGGCAUACCGGAAUGCUUACGAUAUUCCUCGCUGCAGCCUUUUGGACCAGUUGACCCGAAUGAGGACUAACCUGCUGAAAACACACAAACGUAUCCUGGGCCAGGAUGAAGACUGCCUUCAUAGUGUUCCUGUAGCUCAGAUGGGGAACUACCAGGAAUAUCUAAAGAUGAUGCCCUCUCCGCUUCGCGAAAUCGACCCAGAUCAACCCAAGAGGCUUCAUACUUUUGGUAACCCUUUCAAGCAGGAUAAGAAGGGAAUGAUGAUUGAUGAAGCGGAUGAAUUUGUCGUGGGUCCUCAGAACAAAAUCAAGCGUCCAGGAGAGCCCAACACCCCUGCCUCCCUGAAAAGAAGGCGCAACAUGUCCCCCCUGUUGAGAAGGCCCCAGUCGCCAUCAGUGAUAGCCAAUCAUGUCAGUGGGAAGGGACCCUCCUCUGCUCCAGGGUCCCCAUCCAACGCCACCCUCAAAGCCAUGCCAGCGUACAAAGAUGGAAAUAGCAAUAUAGUUCAAGAUGGCAACGGUGAGAAGAAAGUGGAAAGCUUCCAGUCUCUGGACAAACAGGGGGAUGGGCUGCUGACGCCUUUGGUUCCGCCGUCCCCAGUGGCCCUGACGGAUGAUGACCUGCCAAAUGAUGUAGACUCUUUGCCCAAUGAACUGAACUGCAUUGGGGAGGAUGAACUAGGCCACAGGCCUGGUAUCAACUCCCUUGUUCGUGGACCUGUAAACUACAGUAUGUCUUCAGAGGACCAAAAACUACUGGCAGAGUCUCCAUCUGGGACCGUGCCAAAUUUGGUGAAAAUAACCCCCAGUAUGUUUGAAGGGAACAACGAAGUUAUCAAAAUCAGAGUUAUGAAGGAGGUUCGCAAACCUGGAAGAAAUUAUGAAAAAAUCUUCUCUCUUCUUGAAGAAGUACAAGGCCCUGUGGAAAUUCAAAAGUAUUUCAUUGAAUUUGCUAUCAAGGAAGCAGCAAGGUUUAAAAAACGGGUCUUAAUUCAGCACUUAGAGAGAAUACUAGAGGAAAUAGAGUUCAGCAGCCUGCCCAACAGAGUUAAUCAUGUCAACAAUAGAUAAUAGUGUGCCGGCAAGAUGAAUGCAUGGGCCAGGGAGAACGAGUUGCUGUGUUGCAGAGGAGUGGAAGAGGACGUGGGGGCGGCUUCCCUGCCACCCUGGCGGCCAGGCGGUUUUUCUGUUGGAGUCUGAGGAGGAGGAAGAGAAGAAGGAGGAAGGUGGAGUUUUUACAUUUGUGAACCUCUCUCAAUGGAAACUGGGCUGUGACCCUGAUGGAUUUGCUGCAGAAGGUCUGGCUUCCUCCCUCUCCACCCCACUUUGGAGGGCCUGAUCUGCUCAACGGGCUGAAGAAAAUACUCAGGCCGCCCUCUCCUGCAGGUGAUGAGAAUUUACUCAUUUGAACCUUUGUUCUAAGACACUUUAAAACACUGCUUUAGGCAGUGGCCGAAUCUGAUAAAACAAAAUGGCAUAUGCUUUAUCUGCACUUGUGUUGGAGAGAUCCUUUAUCCAAAAAUAAAAAGAGGAGAGAGAGAAAAUUCCCUCCGUGAUGGUAGUGCAUAUUGUCGCUACAGACACGAAGGUGAAAGUUACUGAGAACUGCUAGCCGACCCAGGCGUGAGUUUUCAGGGUAAAUUGAAUUUGAGAGUCGAGCUGCUAAACUGGGUUGAGGAAAAGCGGUCAAGAGCUCUGUGACUACUGUCCCUGGUAGCCACUAAGCAACCUACCUCAGCCUCUCUUCUCUUUUGUCUGCAGACAUUAUGAAAGCGCGCGCCCGAGGCUCCCCAGGUCCUGGCUUCAGUUCUCUUUCAUCUUGUGAGGAGGACGGAGACUCUUCACGUGGACUUGGCUUUGGAAGCGCUUAAAGGAAACUUAAAAAAAACACAACCCCUGUCCCCCCAAAAUCUAUCUAUAUAUAUAUGUAUUUUACUUUUUAAAUGUUCGUAUGAGAAGAGAUUAUUUUGGACAGUGUUGUUACCAGAUCCUUAAUUUGAUAUAUCAAAACUGUGUGUGUAUAUAUACAUAUAUAUAUGAGAGAAUUUUUUUUGAGCACUUGUAUAUAAUAAAAAUCA